CAGAUCCAGGUCCAGGCAAAGGACCAGGGCUCUCCGAGUCUCAGCAGCAACGCCACAGUCCAUGUUUUUAUCCUGGACCAGAACGAUAACGCCCCCGCUGUGAUUUACCCCUCCUCCGCUGCCCUGGGCUCCCUCUCUCAUCAGAGGAUGCCCCGCUCCGCUAAAGCAGGUCACCUGGUUACCAAGGUGACGGCCGUGGAUGCUGACUCGGGCCAUAACGCCUGGAUCUCCUACAGACUGGCGGAGGCCACAGACGCCUCUCUGUUCACUGUCAGUCAGUACACAGGGGAGGUGAGGACUAAACGCGCUGUGUCCGAGCAGGACGAGUCCUCUCAGAGGCUGCUCAUAGAGGUCAAGGACGACGGAGAACCGCUUCAGUCCGCCACCGUCACGGUGUCCAUCGUGCUGGAGGACGGGCUGCACGAGCCCAUCUUAGAGCUCCGACACAAAGCGUCCGAGCCCAGCAGGAAAACGGGCAGAAUCACCCUUUACCUGAUCCUGUCUCUGGCCUCGGUGUCCGUGCUGUCUCUGGUGACUUUUCUCAUCUUGGCGGUUAAAUGCAUGAGGAACAGCAGAAGCAGCGGGAGCUGCUGCAUGACACGGAGCGACUGUGAUGAUUACAAGAAGAACAGGAACCUGCAGAUCCAGCUCAACACUGAUGGACCCAUAAAGUACGUGGAGGUCCUGGGAGGAGACGUGAUGUCUCAGAGUCAGUCGUUCAGGUCCUGCAUGUCUCCCAUGUCAGAGUACAGUGACUUCACUCUCAUUAAACCCAGCAGCACCACAGACUUUAAAGAAGUCAUCAGUGUUCUGGAUGCGUCUUUACCCGACAGCACCUGGACCUUUGAGAGCCAGCAGGUGAGGAAGUUAUAAUAUAUAUAUAUAUAUAAUGCAAAUACAAAAGUAUUAGUAAAUAUUAAUCUAACUAUUUAUGGUAUUGUAUAAUUUCACAGACCUUUUAGCGUAUUUUUGUAACAAUAUAACUGAAUCGUUUUUUGUUUUUUUUCAACACUUGAACAGCUGUGUUGACGGAAGCAUUACUUUUUAGCACCCGCUCGAAUAUUAUCAGCCAUUAAAUUGUUGUUUUUAGUUGUUAUCAUCUCCAUAUGUAGCGGUCAGACUGCCCAUCCUGUGCCUUUUAGUGGGUUUAAAGAGACGUUGUUAGUGGUGAUAAUAGGCUCCGUUUUUACUUUUGUUAGCGCUCAUAGCUUCGCGUGGUUAGGUUUAGAGUAAAAGGUCUGGCGGUUAGGUUUAGGCACAA